AUGCUGAAUCUCCAAGCCCUACAGGGAUCGGUGACAGAGGGCAAAAUCGGGCAACAUGAAUCCAAUGAACAAUUCGAGCUCGACAAGACUAACGCCAUUUGUAAGGCGCAUCCCGAUCGUAUUUCGUGCCUUUUUCGAUUCCAGUGGAGCGCAGAGCUGAUUGGGUUCGACAAUGGCCCCCCUCCCGCGUACCGUCACGGUAAGCCCUCAGAAACCGGAAUCCACUCCCUAAGGUGCGGCGAUUGGCUCUGCGGCCUCUUAGUUGCAGAUGCAGAUCAGGGCCCACCAACUGGCCGGCGCCAAACUUGGCCCUGCAAGCCGCCCGAAGCAGAACCUCUGACGACACUGGGACCGCGCGAACGACGCUAUGACACGCAGUCCUGUACCGUGCCUGUAAAUUGA